AUGGUAUUCAACUCGUUGACCGAGCUUCCCCGCAAUUUCAGGGAGGGUAUUGACUGGCUGGUAGCGCUGAAGGGAUCUGAUGCUGAAAAGAACUUGGCGGCUAUUAGUGACGCAGUUUUGAAUUUUCUCAGAGACAACUCAGUUUGUUAUGACGACAUUCCAGCCUUCCAGAAGCUUAAACUUAUUACUAAAGAGUUCUUGGAACAAGAGGGGCUUAAAGACCGGCGGGCAGUAAAAAUGAUAUUGGAUAGAUUCAAUACGCCUACUCAUAAAAAACGCGAUUUCUUCUCAACGUUUUCUCAUCCCAUCGAUGAGGACGAUGAUGAUAAUGGCAUAAAGACCUGGGGUAUCACUGCUGAAAAUAUUGUGGAGAGAAUAGCCAAAUCUGUGAAAGGUUGUGAUAAGUUCUUGGCAGAAGUAAAAAUUCCCGGCAAAUAUAUGUCUGCUUACAGUUCAGGAGCAACAUGGAGUAAUUCAUGUACCCAGAAACCGGCAGAUUGCGCAGCUGUCUUCGUGGGAAUCACGCCGAUGCUAUAUGCAGGGUUGAUGUCUUUGUGGGAUGCGACUGACGCUGAUGAUUUUAGGUUGUUUCCAUCCAAGGCGAAGAAGAACUUAGGAGAUUUAUUGAACGCUUUGCGUUAUGCUAAGCCGGAAUGCAGCUCUAGCUUAAGUCGUUCAGACGUCGUAAAUGCGUUGAGCGGUAUAGGUAUAGAAGAGUUGGACACGCUCAUGGAACUCGCCGACUUCUGGAUUACGCAGGGAUCGGAGAAUGAGGAAGCUGUAGAAGAUAUGGAAACUGAGGUAUCUGCAGACGUUGAAGAAAUUAUAGAACCCGUAAACGCCGCAGAAUCUGUAAAUGCCUUAAAAGCUGAGGAGACUGUAAAUGACAUAGAGGCUGAAGAAACAGUAGACGAAGUAGAGGCUGAAGAAACAGUAGACGAAGUAGAGGCUGAAGAAACAGUAGACGAAGUAGAGGCUGAAGAAACAGUAGACGAAGUAGAGGCUGAAGAAACUGUAGACGAAGUAGAGGCUGAAGAAACAGUAGACGAAGUAGAGGCUGAAGAAACUGUAGACGAAGUAAAGGUUGAGGAACCUGUAAAGGACGUGAAGGCCGCGUCAGUGAAGCCACGUGUACAAUACGUUAAACCUGUAAAACCUCGCAAAUUCUACAUGGGCAGCAGGGGAGUAUACGGAAUACCAGGGGUUGACAUCAACAUGGGUUUGUUGCAUGCCUGGAAUACCAAAAAAUAUCAUAAUAAGCGUCCCCAAAUCUCUACUGCUGCCGCCACAGGCAACUUCCAGUGUCCUGGUGCACCUACAGUGGCGAACUUGGACGCCGCUAGUCCCAUUUAA